GUUUUCCUUCCGCUUCUGACAGUCUUCCAAAGCAAAGACAAUCGCUCUCACAUUCUGAUUUCUUCCCCAAUAGAAGUUGUUAAAACAACACAACAAAAAUCUUCGAUCCUCCGUCUCCUCUCCUCUCCUCUCAUCUCUUCCUCCGGUUUGGGAUCGGAGGCCUGAGACGAUGGCAGGGCGGCGGGAGGCCCCGCUGAUGCGCGGCAAUGGCCCGCCUUCUCGCGGAUCUCGGAUCGCCAUGGCUGUUGCCAUCGGCAUCAUUCUCGGAUGCGUCUUCGCCUUACUCUUCCCUGACGGCCUCUUCCGCUCUUCUUCCCCAUCUCCUUCUCGCAACCAGCACACCGCCAAAUUGAGUCAGGUUAAUUCAGCCCCAUGUGAAUCACUUGAGAGGACAAACAUUUUGAAGUCAGAGUUGGCAUCACUAUCAGAAAAAAAUGCAGAAUUAAAGAAGCAGGUUAGGGAGCUAACUAUGAAACUUCAAUUGGCUGAGCAAGGAAAAGAUCAGGCUCAGAAGCAGUUUCUAGCUUUAGGAGUCCAGCCUAAAGCAGGUCCUUUUGGAACUGUCAAGAGUUUGAGAACAAAUCCAAAUGUCAUUCCCGAUGAAUCUGUGAACCCAAGAUUGGCAAAGAUACUAGAAAAGGUGGCUGUUCAGAAAGAGCUUAUAGUUGCUCUAGCAAAUUCUAAUGUAAGGGAGAUGGUGGAGACAUGGUUUGAGAAUAUCAAAAAAGUGGGUAUACCUAAUUAUCUAGUUGUAGCAUUGGAUGAUGAGAUGGAAAAUUUCUGCAAAUCUAAGGAAGUUCCUGUUUACCGAAGAAAACCUGAUGAAGGCAUAGAUUCUGUUGGAAGGACUGGUGGGAACCAUGCAGUGUCCGGAUUGAAGUUCCGCAUUUUGAGAGAAUUUUUGCAGCUUGGUUACAGUAUUCUUCUCUCAGAUGUGGAUAUUAUCUACUUACAGAAUCCGUUUAAUCAUCUCCACAGAGAUUCUGAUGUGGAAUCCAUGAGUGACGGUCACAAUAACAUGACAGCUUAUGGUUAUGAUGAUGUCUUUGAUGAGCCUAAAAUGGGAUGGGCAAGAUAUGCUCAUACAAUGCGGAUUUGGGUUUACAAUUCUGGUUUUUUCUAUAUCAGACCCACAAUUCCUUCAAUUGAGCUUUUGGAUCGUGUAGCAAGCAGGUUAUCUCGCGAAAAUGCAUGGGACCAGCAGGUCUUUAAUGAAGAGCUUUUUUUCCCCUCACGCCCAGGAUAUGAUGGGCUUCACGCAUCAAGGAGAACCAUGGAUAUGUAUCUUUUUAUGAACAGCAAAGUUCUUUUCAAGACGGUGAGAAAAGAUGCUAAUCUGCGCAAGCUAAAGCCUGUGAUUGUUCAUGUGAAUUACCAUCCAGAUAAGCUCCGUAGAAUGAAAGCUGUUGUGGAGUUUUAUGUCAAUGGAAAUCAAAAUGCACUGGAUCCUUUCCCUGAUGGUUCAGAGUAGUAUAUGGUCUCUUGCUCAGGGUUUUCACGUUUGCAAAAGCACAGGUUUUAACUGUACCUUGUAGACGUUACUUCCUGUAGGUCUGUCUAAAAAGCUUGUUGAUUGUAGUUUUCAGAAGUCGCUACCCUUGAACUUCUUAUUGAGUGCUGCUACCAGAAAUGCUUUUUUAUAAUUUAAAUACAACCCUUUUUUUACGCUCUA